AUGUCCGGGUACUUCCGCCAGUGGAGUACUAUCCAGAAGGAAGUGUUGUUUGGAAACGUAAACGUGCUCUUUACGGUCCAAAAAAUGUGUGCAGUCUUUGCUACUGGUGACAAGAAGGCCAUUGCGGACGUGGUUGCGUCACUUCAGAAGGAGCUUCUCCUGCGUGUGACUGGUGAGCUUUCCGAGGACCAAGAGGCUAUUUUCCUCGGACGCCUAAUGCAGCGAACCUCAACUUCCGUUGAGAUGUUCAUGGAAACUUCACACAUUGAUUGCAUCCUUGAGCAGGCCAGCGGGAAGACUUGCAGGGCUGCGCCGACUCCAGGCACUGAUGCCUUGAAGAAAGGCAAGGCCAAACUUGCCGAGGCACUUUUGCCUGAGGAGCAUCAGCAGUGUCGCAAGCCUGUUGGUCAACUUCUUGGGUUGUGCAACUUGCGUAUGGACGUCAUGUGUGCGGUUAGGGAGUUGUCUCGCGGAAUUGCCGCACCGACCAUGGAUCAGCGGGCGAAGCGUAAGCACUUGCUUCGGUGCUUGGGUGGCUCCAAGAACUACGCGCAGGAGAUCUGCCCAAAACUUCGCCUGUCGGAGAAGCGUUCCUCGUUGGAUGUUCAGAGUUACGUGGGCAACGAUUGGGCUGGUGAUCCUAACACGGGGCACUCCACUUCGGGAGUUGCCACUUACUUGUUGGGAGUGAAUUUGCAGUCGAAUUCCCGCACGCAGCAAACGAUCGGACUUUCGCGCCGUGAAGCUGAGCUUUACGCGAUCGGUGCUGGAGCGGUGGAUUCACUUGUCAUUCGUUAG